AAGAAAAGAAGAAGUUCCUGGAUGGUGACCUGUCAGCGUUGUAGUGCAAGCUGUCACUGCUGAUAAUUUAUAUGUCCCUUUGGUAACGUUAGUAACAGUUUUUGGCCAGCAACACAGCGAUAUCCGGGGCGUUGGAUUUACAGAUUUGUCGUACUUUCCGUUGUUGCUGGUGUCAGCUAACCGGCGAGCUAACGGCUAAAGUUAGCUUACAAUCGAAUCAGCUUAACAGCUAGCUUGCUAGCUAGCAUUCGACGGUAUAUAGCAGCUUUAGCUAGCUUUAUUGCAGUUAGCUAGCUAGCCUGCUGGCAGUACGAGUCUAGGAAGCCGCCCACUCCUGCAAAGCAGCAUUCCGGACUAAAUCGUACACAAAUGGAGGCCCAAAGCUCCAGCGACAUGCUGCUGUCCAGAAAGAGGAGAAGAGAGAGCUCCACUCGGGACACAGAGGAGGCAGAGAGGCUUGUGAAAAUCCCCAGAUGUACUGUGGGAUUGAAGCACCCUGCGCCUUUUGCAGAUGAGCUGGAGCCAGUGACUAAAAAACCCUACGUGAGAGUCAACAUGGAGGAGGCGAAGAGGGGAACACAUCCCGACAGACCUGUGCGGGUGUAUGCAGAUGGUAUCUUUGAUGUCUUCCACUCAGGCCACGCCAGAGCACUCAUGCAGGCUAAGUGCCUCUUCCCCAACACACACCUCAUCGUAGGAGUGUGCAGUGAUGACCUGACCCACAAAUACAAGGGCUUCACAGUGAUGAAUGAGGAUGAGCGAUACGAUGCCAUCAGCCAUUGCCGCUACGUGGAUGAAGUGGUGCGAAACGCUCCCUGGACGCUGACGCCGGAGUUCCUGGCAAAACAUCGCAUUGACUUUGUGGCCCACGACGACAUCCCAUACUCCUCUGCAGGCAGUGAUGACGUGUACAAGCACAUCAAAGAAGCUGGGAUGUUCGCUCCCACCCAGCGGACAGAGGGCAUCUCCACCUCUGACAUCAUCACGCGCAUAGUCCGAGACUACGAUGUGUACGUCAGACGCAACCUGCAGAGAGGAUACACGGCGAAGGAACUCAACGUCAGCUUCAUCAACGAGAAGAAGUACCACCUGCAGGAGCGCGUGGACAAAGUGAAGAGGAAGGUGCGUGACGUGGAGGAGAAGAGCAAAGAGUUUGUCCAGAAGGUGGAGGAGAAGAGCAUCGACCUCAUCCAGAAAUGGGAGGAGAAAUCCCGAGAAUUCAUCGGCAACUUCCUCCAGAUGUUUGGCCCCGAGGGAGCUCUGAAGCACAUGCUGAAGGAAGGGAAGGGCCGCAUGCUGCAGGCCAUCAGCCCGAGGCAGAGCCCUAACAGCAGCCCCAGCCGAGAGGAGCGCUCCCCCUCUCCCACCUUCCGCCUCCCCUUCUUCACCAAGACCUCCCCUCCUCCCUCGCCUCCGCCCCACCACAGCGGGGCCCGCGGAUACCUCGUCAGCGAGGACGACGAUGACGAAGACGACGAGAGCUAGAGCACAUGUGAAUCCGUCGGGUAGCAGUCAGACGCUAAGGGUUAACCGAGCUGUCGAUGGUUUUCCUCCAGCUCCUGCUUCCAUUUCUUUUUUUCUGUUUAUGAUUUAACAUUUUUAGCACUUCAGUGUCACGUUACCUGUAAUCCUCCACAGCUCUUGAUUUAAACAGCCAUUUUUACCCUCUUUGUUUCUGUGUAUUGGUCAGUAAAAUGUACCACUAGUCACGUUCUUCGAAUAUUAGUUACAUUUUCUCCGUCACUUUUUCAUGUUACGUUAAUCAGUCACUCACCAGCACUUUGUUCAGGGGUGCACUCUUCCAUCCACAACGAGUUCUUACAGGGUGGCGUGGUGAAGUAGGGCUUUUUGUUUUUGUCAUAGCUUUAGCGGGACGGCUUGUGGCUUUGGGUCUCUGGCUGGAGCAGCACGUGUAGUUUGUUGUGGGAGCGGGGGGCUUGUGGACACAACUCCUGGAAGUCUUUCAGAGCAGGUCAGGAAACUGGACCAUUAAAUGAUGUGGGGCAGUUUAUACUCUGCUCAUACUAACAAGGAACCGACAUGACUUCAAAAUAACAGGAAAACUCCAGAGGAUGUCGAGUCUGAACCUGGGGGUCGAGUGUGUUACUAAACAGCAGCUUUGCAAGUUUGUCUGCCUGCUUUGGGGUGCUGCGUGCGCGUGUGUGCAUGUGAUGUUGAAGUCGGCAUGUUCGAACGCCUGUUGACAGAUCUGGGUUCAGCUUUACUGCGUACAGUUAUAAAUUUGCUUUAAAAAUGUUUAUGUCCGUGGACCAGAAUCAGUCUUUGGAAGACUAGUUUUAAACUGGACGCCUUUCUCGCGGCGCAACGAGUUCCGUAAAGGACGACCCAUUUAAAUGUUGAUGUAGAAAAACUUAUUUUUGUAGGUUUCAUCCGUCUUUAUCCUCUGUACAGAUAGUUAUCUUAACCAUUUCUGUUUGGAAGUGCUUGGACAGUUUGAGCAGUGAAUCAACAUGAGCCAGGCUGGAGGUAUAUGUUAUGGUUUUUUUUGGACCCCCCCCCCCCCCUUUUAAUCAUUCAAAUUGGACACACACACACACACACACACACACACACACACACACACACACACACACACAAAAUAUAUAAAAGCAUCAACGUUUAGAGCUUUUUUACCCCAAUCUGCAGGACUACUGCUGGUGUCGAGGGUUCAUAAUUCUGUACUAAAAACUCCAGAUCAACGUUUACGUAGCUACCUCCUCCUUCCCUGAACUGAUUUUGUUUCCUGAGAUGAGCACAAAGUUAAACAUUAUUUUUCUUUCUGGUCGGAGCUGUGGUUACAGCAAUGAAGCAAGGGUACUGGGUGGAAUAUCUGUUUCAGGCCUGGGUUUGCUUUCCCUGCAUUUCCAGUGAUGUAUGCGUGUGUUGUCUCCUAUAUAACUGAAAUAUGAAACAUUACAGCUGAUCUGAAGAUGUAAUGCAAUACUGUGAGAUGACUCUAAUAUAAAUGUUGUUAGGCUUGGUUUCCCAAAAAUAACUUGCAAUCAAAUCAAUCUCCGCUACAGCCUCUAUUCUCCAGGGUGUGAUUCAGAUUUCCCAUUGUUAUUAAUUCCUAUUUCUUGGAAUUAAAAGCAAAUCUAGCGGUGAUUUUGGUGUUAAGAUACUUUUGGGAACCCUCGUCUCGAUUCUUGUGGAAUCUGUUCUUUUAAAUCCGUAUGAACUUCUCAGUCAGCAUGUCCGGGAGUCAGAGGUGGCAAAAGGACUGAAGGGCAAGCCGAAAACUUUCACUACUGCUAGAUACAAAUGUAAAUGUUUUAAACUGCGCUUUAAUCAUGUGUUAUUUUACUGUUUGAGUUUUUGUUGUUUUUAGUCCUGGAUGUAGAGGAAAGGCGAGACAGGAAAAGUGUAUUAAACAUGUUGGCCAAAGCA